AUGAAGGUGUCAUUGUCAGAGACCAAUAUUCCCGAGGUUGCAUUGGUUCCAUAUGAUCCGACAAAGGAUUACCUGAAUGCUUCUUCAGAUGGAGCCAUAGACCUGACUGCUGCAAAUCUUACUGGUCACCCCAUGGACUACACUAGCAAAUCCCCUGGAGCUUACCCUGGACUAGCCACUUCACCCUAUGUUCCAUCAACCUAUGCUAUUACCACUCAGCCAGGAUCUGUUUUCAGCACAACUCACAGCCCAAUCUCCACAAACCUGAAUCAGGCUUUGGUUCCUUAUCAGUUAAUCCCAACUACUGAUCCAGCACAACAAGAAACGUAUGCUCAGCAGAAGGAGCAAUUGCAGCAGAUUCAACAGCUUCAACUGCAGCUUCAGAGGCAGCUAGACGAGCAUUAUGGCACCAACACCGCUCAUCUGCUCGAAGCGAAGUACGCAGGUGUUGGAGAUAGUGGUCAGUACUGGCCGGUGAAAGACGAGUCAACUCCAGCUUUAGCAGCACAGUUAGAAGGAAGUCAGGAAAGGUACCAACCAAUUGAGGUGGGAUAUAGCACGCAUCUUACAACCGACGGCCAGUGCAAGUCAAAAGUUUUCUACGGCUCUGUCUCGCCCGUGUCGCCUGAAAAGUUGGUUGGUGGGCAGAGAAUGCUAAUGGCUGACCCCAAUCGGUUUUCGUCCAGUCCACGGUCACUGAAACCUGGCCAGAAGUCUCUGUCUGAUCCCAAGUCGCUUAGUCCUACAACUGAUGAUAGAAUGGGAUACUAUGGAGAUGGCUAUUCUGCCCGAAGUUCCCCAUCCAGUACGGGUAAGAAAGUGAAGAGGACAUUACCAGAUCCACCACCAGAGGAUGAGUCGUUGUCCGGGCGGUCAGGUUAUAGUACAAACUCUGCUCGAAGAAGACUGGCGAGAAGCACGACUAUGGCCAGAGCAAAGAUCUUACAAGAUAUUGACAAAGAACUCGAUCUGGUGGAAAGAGAAUCCUCCAAAUUGCGGAAGAAACAGGCAGAGCUCGACGAAGAAGAAAAAGAGAUUGAUGCCAAGUUGCGGUACCUGGAGAUGGGUAUCAACCGACGCAAGGAAGUACUCCUGAAGGAACGCGAUAAGCGAGAGCGGGCCUACCUGCAAGGCGUGGCGGAAGAGCGAGACUACAUGUCGGACAGCGAAGUGGGCAACAUCCGGGAAGAGCAUAGCGAGGGUUUGGAACGCCCGCGGACCGCUCCUCAGUCCGACUUUGACCAGUUCAUCCCCCCACAGACAGAGGCAGACUCCCAAUACAACACACUCACCAGCCCAUACUCCCACUACGCCCAGUACGUGCCCCAAACGCAGACCACCAGCCACUACACUCAGCAAAGUCUGUACCAGCAGCAGCAGCAGCAGCAGUCUCUCUACCACCAACAGGUCUCUCCGUACCAGAAUGUUCCCACACUGUCCCUCUCCCAAGCCCAGUCCGGCAGCUACCAACACGCUCUGCUCCUGCAACAAGGAAAGCAGAGGCAGACCACCCUAUCUGACAUGGAACCUAAGAUGUCCACCAACUAUGAAGUUAUCCGCAAUCAGCCACUGCUCAUUGUGCCCACAUCCUCAGAGAGCGGCUACGGAGUGGCGCCCCUGGGGAGUAAGUACGCCAGUCUGGACUUGAGACUUGGAUUAGAGGAGAGGAGCAUGGCGUCCAGUCCCAUGUCCAGCAUUUCUGCUGAUUCCUUUUAUGCGGAUAUCGAUCAUCACAAUGCCCGAAACUAUGUGCUCAUAGAGGACAUAGGGGAGCUAACCAAAGCCUCAGGUGGCAUGGGGAGCACUGGAUUCAGUCUGCCAGAUAAAGAGUUAUCUAAGGCAGACAGACUCCUCCGAGCUGCAGAAGUCAGGCGCACAGCAGAGAUGGCUGAUUUUUUAGGAACUUCACGGCUUCAAGGUUAUAGCAAGGGUGAAGAAGACACUAUGGAAGAGCCCUAUGAGCUGAAGCUACUGAAGCAGCAAAUAAAGCAAGAGUUUAGGAGAGGAACAGAGGGACUGGAGCAUCUCACAGGCCUGGGCCUGCCUCAGUAUCUCCAUAGCGACCCCACUUUCCGUCACUUCCCAAAAGGGGCCUCUUCUGUGACCAACCUGGCAGCUCGGGCCAGGCUGCUUCAGGAUGAAAUCACCUUUGGUUUGAGGAAGAACUUAGCAGAGCAGCAGAAGUAUUUGGGCUCGUCUCUGGGGGCAAACCUGGCUGGUUCUCUUAACCUAGGCCAGACUCUGGGACUGGGCACUGCUCUGGAUGGUACCUACCCCAGCGGCUCACACUCUCGGCCCUCUUCAAGGCCCUCAUCUCGCCCCUCCUCUGUGUACGGCUUAGACCUGUCAAUCAAACGAGACCUGUCCAGCUCCUCGCUUAGACUUAAAUCAGAGGGAGACGUCCUGGAUGCAGCAUUUGCGCCUGGGGUCACCAGGACCAAGCCCACCAGUUUACCCAUCAGCCAUAGCCGGGGCCGCAUCCCUAUAGUGGCUCAGAACUCAGAGGAAGAGAGCCCCCUGAGCCCAGUUGGGCAGCCUAUGGGCAUGGCCCGGGCCUCCGCAGGGCCCCUGCCUCCCAUCUCGGCCGACUCCAGGGACCAGUUUGGGUCGAGUCACUCCCUGCCAGAGGUGCAGCAGCACAUGAGAGAGGAGUCCCGCACUCGCGGAUACGACCGUGACAUCGCAUUCAUCAUGGACGACUUACAGGGUGCCAUGUCGGACAGUGAAGUGCUAGGCGAGCCCAUGGUGGUUCUGCACACAGGCGAUGGCAGAAUCUUCCAUGAGACUAUCAGACACGCCGGAGGCCCAAACUGGAAUAUAGAAGCCUACCAUCUCAGAAGGGAGGACACGGACUGGUUUGACAAGCCCAGAGAGGGACACCCGCAGACGGGACACGUGGACAGACGACAGAUGAAGCUGGUGCCCUAUGGAUUCCCACACGCACGCAUGAAGCUGCAGCGAGACCAGAGGGACUGCAGUGUCUCAGGCAACGGGCUGGGGAUUCGUUUGGUGGGGGGCAAGGAGAUCCCCGGCAGCAGAGGGGAGAUCGGAGCCUACAUCGCAGCCGUCAUCCCUGGAGGAGCAGCCGAGCAGACGGGGAAGAUCAUGGAGGGGAUGCAAGUGCUGGAGUGGAACGGCCUGUCGCUGACGGGGAAGACCUACGAGGAGGUGCAGUGCAUUGUGGGUCAGCCGUGUGCCGAGGCGGAGCUGUGCGUUCGCCUUGACCUGAACAUGCUGUCAGACCCGGAGCGCCCCCAAGUUUUGGAACACCAGCUCAAAUCAAACGGCCAGCGUUCCCCAGGCGUUGAUCCUAAGCAGUUGGCGGCGGAGCUUCAGAAGGUGUCGCAGCAGCAGGGUCCCGGCAUGAUGGGGGCACCCAUGGGAGCAGGGGGCGUGGGCGUGGGCGUGCUCUCGGCUUUAGAACGCUCCACACUGCUCCAGUCUGCCUCAGGGUCGGCCGCCUCCAGUGGCGUCCCGAGCCCGGGGCAGCCAGCCUCCCCCGCCAUCAACAAGAAGCAGAGGCAGAAGGCUGAGCUGAUGAGAGCACCGCACCCCAUCACUGGCGAGAUCCAGCUGCAAAUCAACUAUGACAGGAACCUGGGAAACCUGAUCGUACACGUGCUGCAGGCCAGAAACUUGGCCCCGCGGGACAACGACGGCUACUCCGACCCCUUUGUCAAAGUUUACCUGCUGCCUGGGCGAGGACAAGUCAUGGUUGUCCAGAACGCAAGCGCCGACAACAAGCGGAGAACCAAGUACGCGCAGAAGACGGUCAACCCCGAGUGGAACCAAACAGUCAUCUAUAAGAACAUUCAUCUUGAGCAGCUGAAAAAGAAGACCCUCGAGGUGACCGUGUGGGACUACGACCGCUUGUCCUCCAAUGACUUUCUGGGAGAAGUGCUGAUCGACCUGUCCAACACGUCACAGAUGGACAACAUCCCGCGCUGGCUGCCUCUCAAGGAGCAGAGUGAAAGUAUCGAGCACAGUCGGACCCACCUUAGCACCCAGGGGCCCCCAGGCUCUGGGGCCGGAUCUAUGCCUGGACAGGGCCAUGGCUCCGGGGCCAGCUUGGGACCAGGGAGCAGCCAUGGCGGCCUGGGAGGACCGGACGGGAGUUACGAUUCACCCAAAAACUCUGUCAUCAAGAGUCGUAGCCACGGAAUCUUCCCCGACCCGAGCAAAGACAUGCAGAUGCUGCCUUUGGAGAAGUCCCACAGCAGUCCGGGCAGCUCCAAGUCGUCCUCCGAGGGCCAGCUGCUGUCCCACGGGCCCUCGCGCUCCCACAGCAAGAGCAGCGUGACCCAAUCCCACCUGGAGGACGCGGGCAUCGCCAUCGCAGCCGCCGAGGCCGCAGUGCAACAGUCCCGCUUGCAUCCAAGACCCGGGCACAGGCUGGCUGACGUGUCGAGCUCCGUGGUGCUGUCUGCCCCCAGCCUUGUGGGGGACGCCUACGGAGGUGCUGAGGACGGGGCAGACAGUGGAGUGGACAGCGCCAUCUUCCAAGUGCCACGCAUGAAGGCAAUUCCCAACGGCACCGACAAACAUCACAUCGUCACACCGGAAAAUGAAGCAGGUGGAAAAGUGCAGGUGAUGGGGGAGAUCAAAGUGGCUCUGAAGAAGGAGGUGAAGACAGAAGGAGACCAGCUGGUCCUGGAGAUUCUCCAGUGCAGAAACAUCACGUACAAGUUCAAAAGCGCGGACCACCUCCCAGAUCUUUACGUGAAGCUGUACGUGGUGAACGUGGCCACUCAGAAGAGGAUCAUCAAGAAGAAGACCCGAGUGUGCCGCCAUGACCGAGAGCCGUCCUUCAAUGAGACCUUCCGCUUCCCCCUUAACCCCACCGGCCACUCCAUACAGCUUUUCCUGGUGUCCAACGGAGGCAAGUUCAUGAAGAAGACCCUCAUCGGAGAGGCGUACAUCUGGCUGGACAAGGUGGACAUGAGGAAGCGCGUGGUCAGCUGGCAUAAGCUGUUGGCCAGCACCGCCCUCACCAACCCCUGA